AUGCUGAGCGACCAGCAGCUUGUGACAGGGACAGCGAUACUUCUGGUAUCAUUCGCAAAGCACAAAGUCAUGACACAAUAUCACUUUGAGAUAACAUGUACGCUGGCCUGGAUGGCCUACGCCGCUCAUGACACCAUUACUGUCGCUGCUCUCGGCUACAUCCGCGCUCAUCCAGAGAUGAGAUGGUGGCGAGCCCUGUGGAUAUCUGUCCUUUUUCCUAUGCUUUUUGUGUCGCAGCUGGUGACAUUCCAUGAUAAGUUUCUUCUCAUAUGGGGUAACUCCAUCCAGUGUAUCUGGAAUGACAUGGACUCGGGGUACCCCCGCGUCAGUCUUUUCAUGUUGGUGGUGCUAGUGCUCAUGACUUACGGCUACAUCAACACGAUGUAUUCGCUUUACCCUGAAUAUAUGUCAUGGGUGGAGGUCGUAGGAUACUACGUCAGCUGGGCAUUCAGGUUACCAGGAAAGCUUUACUUAAUCGUGAAGAGCAGACAUGAGGCCAGUCCUCAGCCAUGGAAGCGGGUGUGGUUUCCACUCAAAAUCAUCACAUAUCUACUAUUUGUUCUUUUCAUCUCCACUUACCAGAUUGUGGGCUCUACACUCUUUUCCACGAUUCGACUUUACAUUGUUCUCAUCUGGGGUACCAUGUACCUCGUCCAUCUCAGGAGCCAGGCCUCUCGGGAAGGGUUACAAGGGAGCGAGAACGAUUGGGGGUUCGGUCAGAUCCUUCCAACUGUCCUCCUCGCGUUGAUCAUCUUUGGCAUUGUAGAGGUUUAUCAUCGUCAUUCCAAUGACCCCGAUCGAUCGGAUUGUCCCUACCUAACUUGA